AUGGAGGCGAUCGAAACCGACUCUGUUCCUGGCUCGGAUGUCCCUAUCGUGGCCGAGGAGAAAAAGGAAUCUGCUGACGUUCCUCUCGAAAGAGAGAGAAGUCCAGAUAAGGAGAUGGUGGAUCUCACGGGCCCUGAUGUUGAGGUUCCCGAGGCUGAGAAGAAUGUCCCCUCUGCUGAGGAGCAGUUGAUCCAUGCUGACCCUUGUUCGGAUGUUCCGCUGAAACGGAUCCCCGAGGAAGUAAGGGAGGAGAUGGCUCGGUUUGCUAGGGCUCCGGUUUUGGGAGAGAAUCCCCUGGCUCACGUGGGAUCUUUAGUGGGUCCCGAAGCUGUGUUGGAUUUCUCUUUGAUUUGUCUCUUUGUUUUAUGUUUUUCCUACUUUUGCUCAUCUUUUCUUCGCUCCCAUGCUGUCUUCUGGUCCUCGUUCGCUUCCGAGUGCAGCUCGGUUGAGGAGAGACAACUGAGGAGAUAUCAGGAGGCUUAUGCUCGUGAUAUUCCUAUCUUGGACCAGAAGGCUGGGCAGCUCUUCUCCGAGAUUGUGGAAGUCAAGCAGCUGUAUCUUAAGUACAGUCGCGAGGCCAGAGCUACUUCUGAGCAGAUCGGGACCGAAGUUGGUAAGCUCACCUUCCGAGUCGAAGAGGAUGCUGAAAAAAUAGCUUCCUUCGACAAGGAGAAGAAGGAUAUGGCCGCCAAGUUUGCGAGCGAACUUGAAGAAAAAGACAGACUUCUCAAGGAGAUGACGUCUAAAUUUGAGGCGGCUGAUAAGGAGAGCAAGGAUGCGGAGGCGAGGCUUCAGCAGUUUGUCAAGAAUCGGGAGAUGAUUCAGAACCAAGCUGACAAGGUGCCUGUUCUUCAGUUGAAGAUCCGAGAGAAGGAAGAGACCAUUCGGAAGUUGGAGCAAGAGCGAGCUGACCUCUAUAUUGCUGAUCAGUGUAGAGAACAGUACUGGAAUGGUAUCCUGGGUGCUCGGCGCAUGUUUGCGAAGCACAUGCCUCAUUUCCCUUGGAAUGAGAAAGUUCCUCUCUGGAUGCGGGCCCAGGAUCACUUGGUGGAAUGCCAGGCUGACCGAGACGAAGCUGAAGCUGAACGCCAAGCUGCUCUUGCAGAGGCUCGGGCCCAGAAGGCGAAUUCCGAAGGUGACACUACUGCUGGGGGUUCUUCGAAGGACGCUACCCUAGGGGUUGUUCCCGAGACUCCCAAGAGUUAGGGAUUCGGGCAGUCGUCUUCUUCAGAGUCGGUCGGUUCCAGUUGAGGACUUCCGAAUGUGUGCUUGCCUUUCCCGCUUUUUCCUCGGCGCUGCGUUGUACUUGUUUCUUUUUGCUUUUUAGUACUUCGGUAGGCCGGUAUUAUCUGUUGAUGGCUGCCGAUUUUAACUGUUUCAUUUUGUUUUCAAUUUUUGAGUGUCCUCGGGUGUGUCCCGAGUUGUUUGAUGUAUUUGUACUUCCCCCGAAUAUUGAAUAAAAAAUGAAUGUUCGUUACUUGGCUGUUUCUUUUCAACUUUUUGCGCUUUCCAAAGUUUUAAGUCUGCCUUCACUACUACAGAAAUGUAAUUUAAUAGCGUUUUUUUAAUAGCGCUUUUGCCCUUUCCGCUGUGAAAGAUAUUAAAUACUACAUAUUAUAGCGCUUAUAAAAUAAGCACUGUUAUAUCUCUACUUACUAUAGCGCGUCAUAAUACACCGCUAUUAAAUCCAUUAAAAAAUAAAACAAAAUAAAUUAUAACUUAGAAAAAUUAAAAUAAAGAAAUUGGUUCUCUUUCUUCCGUUUUCUUCUGCUCCCCCAAAACCCUUUCGAUUGCGCCUUUUCUCUACUCUCAACUUCUCAAGACUGACAAUCAAAGCAACGAUUUCAAUGCUAUACAAUGCCGACAACGCGAGGUUUCUUUAUCUUCCUCUCAUUUUCGUAUGUUCUUCUUCAAUUUUUUAAAAGUUUUACUAUGAAUUGUGGCUGAUGCAAAUUACAAAGCAUAUUAGGGAUCGAAGAGGAUUUCGUCGGGGAAUUGAAUUGAAUGAAUUCCAGAAUCACCUAGUAUCGGAAAUUGUUCUCUGAUUUUUCUGGGUCUGUAUAAAUUUGUUGUGAUUUAACUGAUUUACUACUCACAAAGUCACAUUGUCUAGCUGGGUUUGGUUCGAGGGUUUCAAAUUUUUGUAUUUGGGUUAUGGAGUUGGCUGGAAUUGAGGUAUUAAACUCCUUAAGAACUGAUAUUAAUUGGGUAUGAGAACACUGUUUAUGUGGGAUUAUCUUUCAUAAAAUGUCAUCCUUAGAUCACAAUUUGUCAGCUUGUUUGGUGAUUUCUAGUAUAAUAUCAACAAAUCAAAUAUUCUCAUGUUUGUAUGAUCAAGUUGUUAUACCUGUUAGAAUGAUGAUUAGUAUUUGCAAAUUGCGACGGUGUAAAAACACAUUGUGAUGCAGAAAGACAGUGAUGCUGUGAAGGAUGAUCUUGAUCAGUUAAGCGAAGUUGGUUGGGCUAAAAGGUGGAGCUCUCAGCCGCGUAUCUCUCGUCGCUCAACCUAACUAAGGGAGCUGACAACUCUUGAGAUAAAGAAUGCGGAGAAUCUAACAAUGGGACGAAUUUGAAGGAAGAGCCUCCUGCGAAGUGUGGAUUGAGUUCUAAUUUGUCAAGGUUUAUUUUUCUGUGUUCAGUAUUGAUUGAUUAUGCCCUAGUUUUGUAGUCUGACAUAAUUGGGGGUUUAAUUUAAAUUUGAAAUUUAUGUUUUAUUAUCAUUUUGGGGGAUGUUUAUUGGGUGAAAUUUGAUAUAAUGAAGGUUCGCGGAUGAUAAUGGGGGAGAUAAGAAGUCUUUUUUUCAUGCAAUUUCCUUUUCUACCUAUUGCAAUUUCAACAACUUUUUGUCCAGAAGGAAAUCUUAGACUACUUAAAACUGAAUGCUAUUAAGAAAAUUCAGGGUUGUGUAUAGAGACAAUCAAUUAUGGUUAAAGAGGAAAGUUUUGGCCUCCUGAUAAAGCUUCUCUGUCCGAAAUAUACAUUUCCACGGAAACGGUUGUUCUCACUCUAGUGAGUGCUUAGGGAGGGGCAAUAGCAGUAGUACAAGAAGAUUUAUCACCUGAUAUUUGCUGAUUAUAGUAGGGUAGCAAGAGAAGCCCCAAAUCCUUAAUUUAUCCAGGAAAGACUACACUGCUUAGGGACCUUUUCUUUUGUUCUUAGUAAGUUAGGCUUUUCUCUUUCAGUCCUUCCCAUCUGCACCUCACAUCUCGGCACAGUGGGACGUGUAAGCCGCCUACUGUCCCAGUUAACUACAUUUGUUCCUGUAAUCGCUAAAGAUCUUGGAGCUUUUGGAUUUGAUUCAUGUUUGUUUUCAAAAGCCACAGAUAUCCAUAACAUAAGAGGCCUUAUAGAAUUCAGAAAUUAGUCAUUAAAGAGAACCAAGGUCUACUCCUAAAAGUCCCAAUGUAUGUAGAGAAUAUUACUAUUAAAUGAUGACUCAUCAGUAACAUCGUACACCUGCAGAAUACCAAUGGCUCCACGAUAAUAAGCUGAAAUGACAAACUCGAAAAGUUAUUUUUUCUGGCAACGAACUAAACUAGAAACAAAAACUAGCUCCUAACUUCUGUAGCUAACAUGUGGGCUUCAGACACCAGGGAUCUACCUUUAAUACAUUUGAUGUGACUAAAAUCUAAAACCAAAGACCUAAUAAAUUACAAUAUUAACAAUUUCUUUGGGGGCGUUAUCUAGAUUCUAGAGUUUGAAGAGCCGUAAGGUGGUUACUGCAAUUACCACAUGGUUCCCAAAUUGCCUUGCCUGCUAUAGACCUAAUAACAUAACCAUAACUUCAGAGUGUAGAGGAGAAGAGGCCCAAUAAUUAAUUUAUGGAAUUUUGGUAAAAACAUAGAAUUUGAGCUCAUUGUUCAGUACACUCAAGACAGUCUUUGACCUCCUGCAUUUUUUGUAUGAAAGGAACUAUCAGUAUGUAUGUCUGUGGUACCUUACGAUGUACUCGUAUUAUUGACUACAUUUGAAUGUGAGAUAUAAAAGAGAAAGAGAAGAUGAAAUCUAAGUAGUGUCACGUUGUUAGCAGGUUUUUAAAACCUCUGUUGUGAAAUUCUAUAUUUGCACGAUCAAGGGUAUAUACACUACUACUGAUAUGACAUUUUAUAGCGUUUCUUUAAUAGCGUAUAUACACUACUACAUAACACUUUUCAGGUUAGUUAAAAGGUUUCUACUAUGUUCUGAGAUUUAAUUUGUUUAUUAUUAAUUUGAUCUGAUUAUAAUUUUAGUUAAACUUAAUGGUUUGUGAUUUGGUUUCAAUCUUAUCUGAUUCUGUGAUUCUAUGUUAUUUUCUUCGACUGAGAUAUCUCUAUUUUGGAGGCGCCUUGAGAGUACCAGAGGGUCAAUACUCAGGUUUUGAUUUUGGUUUUGUUAUUUUCUUUUCAACUUGUUAUGAUUAAUUGAUUUCGUUUUAUCUUUUCCUAUUGAUAGGCGACAUGUAUUGACAUAAUUUCGCUUGUCUUAUCGUGGUCAGAAGCUACUAAAUGACAAUGAAUAUCUCAUAAACAGUCAGAGAUUGGGAUGGAAUGAGAUUGUCAGUUUCCAAGUUAUGACAGAGCAUAUUGACAAAGUAAGGACUCAAUGGGUGCACCACGUUGUUCAACAACUGUAUAAUAGCUAGGUUACGUUGACGGAACCAACAAACAUAAGCCUCUAUUAAUUAAUGUAUUUUACGUAGUUUAAUGUUUAGAAUUUUAGUUCAGAUCUAUGUAAUCGGUUUUAUUAGGGUGACAAUUGCAAAAAUUAUUUUAAUUGAGGUUUGGAAAUUAAUUUUCAACUAUUACUAU